GCCCGGGACGCGCAGCCCAGCCCCGCGAGCUCCGUGUCUCCGCCGCCGCCCUCUCUGUCGGGUCACAACCAGAGCAUGGAAGCCGGGGAUCCCCGGGAGCCCCGGGAGCCCCGGGAGCCCCGGGAGCCCCGCGAGCCCGGGCCGGGGGCAGAGACCGCCGCGGCCCCGCGCUGGGAGGAAGCCAAGGCUUUCUCCGACAAACUCUCUCCCAAGAAGAAACCCAAAUCGCCCAAGCCUCAGAAUGCAGUCACCAUUGCUGUGUCCUCCCGAGCCUUGUUCCGCAUGGACGAGGAGCAGCGGAUCUACACGGAGCAGGGCGUGGAGGAGUACGUGCGCUACCAGCUGGAGCACGAGAACGAGCCAUUCAGCCCAGGGCCGGCCUUCCCCUUUGUGAAGGCUCUGGAGGCUGUGAACAGGCGGCUUCGGGAGCUGUACCCUGACAGCGAGGACAUCUUCGACAUCGUCCUCGUAACCAACAACCACGCCCAAGUGGGUGUCCGUCUCAUCAAUAGCAUCAACCACUACGACCUGUUCAUCGAGAGGUUCUGCAUGACGGGCGGGAAUAGCCCCAUCUGCUACCUCAAGGCCUAUCACACCAACCUCUACUUGUCAGCCGAUGCAGAAAAAGUUCGGGAAGCCAUUGAUGAAGGGAUCGCAGCCGCCACCAUCUUCAGCCCCAGCAGGGACGUGGCUGUGUCCCAGAGUCAGCUGCGCGUGGCCUUCGACGGGGACGCGGUGCUCUUCUCGGACGAGUCGGAGCGCAUCGUCAAGGCCCACGGGCUGGACAGGUUCUUCGAGCACGAGAAGGCCCAUGAGAACAAGCCCUUGGCCCAGGGACCUUUAAAGGGCUUUCUGGAGGCUCUGGGUAGGCUGCAGAAGAAGUUCUAUUCCAAGGGCCUGCGGCUGGAGUGCCCAAUCCGCACCUACUUGGUGACAGCACGCAGCGCAGCCAGUUCUGGGGCCCGGGCUCUCAAGACUCUGCGCAGCUGGGGCCUGGAGACAGAUGAAGCCCUGUUCCUUGCGGGAGCGCCCAAGGGCCCCCUGCUCGAGAAGAUCCGCCCACACAUCUUCUUUGAUGACCAGAUGUUCCAUGUGGCUGGGGCUCAGGAGAUGGGCACAGUGGCUGCCCACGUGCCUUACGGUGUGGCACAGACACCCCGGCGGACUGCACCUGUGAAGCAGACCCCAGCUGCACAGUAGCCGAGCUGCCAGCCUCACUGACCCUCAGUGCUCCAGGCACAGCUCCCUGUCAUACCUCGACAUGUCAUCCAGUGGACCGACCCUUCUAGUCCCUUACCACACUGCCUGGCUGCAUGUCUGCCCUCAUCCCUCUGAGUGAGGUACUAGUAGGCAAUCAUGCAGACUGGGGUGGCAUCCUCAUCCUCACCAGCUCUCGUUCUGGGCCAGCUCUGGGCCACGAUGCUGGCUAGGAAAGUAAGACUGUGGCUGGACUUCAGGGGGAAGUGGAUGGCACUGGGCGUGGGAGGGUCAGAGGAGCCAGGAUGCCUGCAAAGGGCUCUGGGGUGGAAUCCAGCCCCGUGUAGCGUGAAGAGCACCUCUCCAACAGAGAGGGGAAUCUGGCCUCUGCGCUCUGUCCUGGCAUUAACUGCAUGACUUUGACCAAGUCCCUCCCCUUCAUGGGCCUCAGUUUCCCCAUCUUUUAGGUGGUUUUCAAACUCUCCUUUAGCUGAAGAAGCUUGGUUUUAUAAGAUUGUCCUCUUUGAAGGAAGCAUUCUGUGCCAGGGCUGCUGCUGGUCUACAUAGCACCUUUGUGCGGAUCACACAAAGAUGCUGUCUCUAGGGUGAAUUAUGCAGAGAAGGCCCUUCCUCUGGGCUGGCUAUCCACACUGGGUGCACAGCUUGCCCAGCAGGCUAUGAGUGGGAUGUCAGCCCCCACUGGCUCAUCAGCCCAGAGGCCUUUGUCAACUGGGCAAAAUGCACAAUCAUCAUCCACAGCAACCCUACCUAUAAUUUUAUAUGUUUGGAAACCACCUGACAAGAUGACCCAUUUGCUUCCUGUGAUCCUCUAAUCUGUCUCAUCAGGGGUCAGCUGCGGCCAGGUAGGGGAUGUCUGAAAGGAAUAAGGGAGUGGAUUAAGCCUGCAUGCAAACUCCGGCCCAGCCAGCAGGGGGCACUGCAGGCACUUCCAGGGGAGCAGCUUUAGUGGCAGCCUGCUCAGUGCUUCCAUUGCUUUUGCUUGUAGCCAAAGUUCAGUUCCUGCCUGCCAAGCCUCUCACCUCAACCCUCACUCCCUCAAUUAUUGCAUCCUGCUGUGUCACUGAGCAGCCCUGCCAGUGAGGGGGAAAAUGGAGUAUUGGGGUUUACUGUUGUGGGCCCAGGGGGCAAGAGCUCAGUGGCUGGAGUGGGAGGUUGUCCAGGCUGAGCCUGAGGGAAGGAAGGCCCGUCUGGGAUGAUGUGGGGUGUGUGGGAGGUCUGGUCUGUGGCCGUAGCCAGUUAGAGAGGAAAGGAGCUGAAAUGUGCACUACAAGCUUCUACAGAUAUGAAAUUGUGAGUGGAAGUAAUGAGCUCUCCAUCACUGGGAUGCGUGCAAGGGACACCCUUGGAGGGACACCCAUGAAUCCUGCACCCUUGCAGGAGCACCUGCAGCCCCUUUGUCACCACUUCCAGGGUAGAAUUCUCACUGCUUGAUGAGUUGGCCUCCUCCUUUGCUGACCACCCCGGUUCUCUCUGGAGGGAUGGUGGGCACCAUUGGCUGGUCCCUUGGGAAGACCUAGGGGUGUGAACAGACAUCUGGGGGCAGGGGCUGAUUGCCCAGUUCCUGGGGACUCCUAGCUGUGAUCAAGCGCUUUAUGAAGAAAGCCAAAGGUACUGUCAAAAUGGGCAGGAGCCUGGAGGUGUGUGCAGGAGAGCUGGAAUGCUUGUGGGGGCAGGAAAGGGGGGUAAAAGGCCAUCCAGAGCCUGACCUUUGUCCUUUUGAGGAUGCAACCCAGGGUCUGAAUGGGCACAGGUUCUGGGCAGUGCAGGUAGGGCAGUUGUUGCAGAAGGAUCAUCCAGGAAAAAGAAAAAAGUGAGAACACAAAGGUGGUUCUUGAAAUGAGCGACAGUUCAGCCAGAAUGGAAGUGCUUGGCUGGGGUUUUACCAUCAGCACCUAGAGGCGGGUGCUGGGGCAGAAGGGCAAGGCGGUGUGGAGUGCCGGGGCAGAUGCCCAGCACUGACUGCCGUAUCGGGGAAGGGCAGGUGAUGAGGAUGUCUGCACAAGGUCCUUUUCAUCCACAGCCACAACCUUUUUGGGCAACAGAGGAGGCUUUCAAGGCAGAGGGCCUAGUUUUGAGCUCCUUUCUCUCCUCGUAUUCCAAGCCAACCAGAGAUAGUAUGAGACCUAAAGGGAAAUGAGAAGGAAGUCAGAGAGCUCAACCCAAGUCACCUUUUUUUAAAAAGAAGAUUUUAUUUAUUUGUUUUUAGAGAGGGAAGGGAGGGAGAAAGAGAGAGAGAAACAUCAAUGUGCGGUUGCUGGGGGCUGUGGCCUGCAUGCAACCCAGGCAUGUGCCUUGGCUGGGAAUUGAACCUGCAACGCUUUGGUUCGCAGCCCACGCUCAAUCCACUGAGCUAUGCCAGCCAGGGCCCAAGUUACCUUUGGCUUUGGCUGAACCACUGACACAUCUGCCCACCAUCCCUUAAGUCAGAAUCACCCCCUUGGAUGAGCCCCCAGGGCUCUCAGAGCCAGCUGGGAGCCCACAGAGUGGUGGGUAGGCUGUGCAAUCAGGGUGGACAGUGUGCCCUGUGAAAGCAAACCAGAUGUCGCCUAAUUAAGAUAAACCCCAGGGAUUCUGGGAACUGCAAAGUCCUGCCCCCGGGCCCUAGUGAUAAAUGCUGCUGAUUCUUCCAGGUCUCUCAGAAAGCCAAAGAUAAGGUGCAGCAAAAGCCUGGGUCACACUGGAGCCACCAUUAAUAGGCACAGACAGGCCUGGGCAAUGAGAGACAGGAGGGUCCAAAUUCUAUUACUGAAGCCAUAAAUGAGCAUCUCAGGCCUGGAAAGAACAACAACAACAACAACAACAAAAACCCUUUCAGAGGCUGGAAUAAAAGGUCAUAAGUUCUGAGGGCAGGUUUAGGCAGUAGUCAGAUGCACCUGAUUGUUUCAAGGGCUGAGGAGGAGCAUUCACCAGGCAAAUUAAAAAGCCAGGUGGGCACUCAAGUCUCAGACCCUAUGUGCUCUGCAGCACUGGGCCCAGACACUGCAGUUCCUGGCGGCCUGGACCCCUGCAGCCAAAAGCAUCACAGCCUAACAGGUCUUGCAGAACUUGUCCCAGGAUAUGCUUGCCAACAAAGUCCCAGACCCACUGGAAACUGCCACUUAGCAGAAAACCAGAAACCCUAAUAUAAGUAAGCCCUGAGACUGCUAAGAUCAUUGCAAGACAUCCCCUCCCCUUCCUGAAGGCCCUAUCAGAAUGGUGGGGGUAUAGCAGAAAAUGCCAGGAUAAAUCAAAACUAGUAAGAAGUUCAAAUCCAAGAUGGAUCUGGCGUUACAAUGAUAUUCAACUGGUAUGCACCAGUCGGGCCAAACUGGUGCUUAAAAUGCUGAAGUGUCUUCAGAACAUUAGUAAAUGGCUCCAGACCGAGUCCCUGAGUGGGUCUGAGCGGCCCCAGUUCCCUUGGUCCCUCCAGUGUGACUGCUCCCUCUUCCCACCAUCCAGUUAAAGAGGCUUCUCAGGCAGCUUCCAGGGGGCUGCUGCUGCUGCAAAACGGCCAGUGGUGCCCGUGCUGGUUUAGAGAAAUAAGCAAUUGCCCAGUCACACAGCUAGUAAGUGGCAGUACAGGAGCUCAAGCCAUAGCUGGCUGGCUGCCCAGGCUUUGAAUCGUUUUGCCGUAUGGCCCAGACAUGUGCAGAGAGGUGACAAUACAAGAUUCAUAACAAAGUAGUUCACCGACGGCCCAUUAACUCACUGACCUCCUGCACGUUAAAAUGCUUAAUACACUUGAGUGGGUACAUUUUUUAUAGCUUCUUAAAUAGCUAAGACAAAUUGAAAUUAGAGUCAGACAUUUACAGAGCCCUUGGAGCACCUCAACACCCCCAACUUCUGAGGAACCCAGUUUAAAGACCCUGCAUGGGGCUAAUGCAGGGUUGGUAGACCAUGGUUCCUUGGGCCAAAUAGAACCCACUACUUGUUUUUGUAAAAAUAAAACAAAAAAACCCUUUUAUUGGAA